ACCUCCCUGAACCCCUCACGUCCCUGAACCCCUCACGUCCCUGAACCCCUCACGUCCCUGAACCCCUCACCUCCCUGAACCCCUCACGUCCCUGAACCCCUCACCUCCCUGAACCCCUCACGUCCCUGAACCCCUCACCUCCCUGAACCCCUCACGUCCCUGAACCCCUCACGUCCCUGAACCCCUCACCUCCCUGAACCCCUCACGUCCCUGAACCCCUCACCUCCCUGAACCCCUCACGUCCCUGAACCCCUCACCUCCCUGAACCCCUCACGUCCCUGAACCCCUCACCUCCCUGAACCCCUCACGUCCCUGAACCCCUCACCUCCCUGAACCCCUCACGUCCCUGAACCCCUCACCUCCCUGAACCCCUCACGUCCCUGAACCCCUCACGUCCCUGAACCCCUCACGUCCCUGAACCCCUCACCUCCCUGAACCCCUCACGUCCCUGAACCCCUCACGGCGGAUUUCUCGCCGUGGCGGGUGGCAGCAGCCAGUCCGUGAAGCUAUGGAGCACUGCCACGUGGCAGGAAGCCACCACUCUCAACCUGCCAGCUGGACCAGCGGCGCCACCCACCGCGGGCGGCAGCAGCAGCAGCAGCAGCACGACCUUGGCCGGGCGGUUUGUCUUGUCUGUAGCGUGGAGCGUGGACGGCAAGCGGCUGGCGUGCAGCAGCAUGGAUGGCACUGUAGCGAUCUUUGACACGUCAACAUCGCCCUUCCGGUUCCUGCAUUUCCUGGAAGGUCAUCACUUGCCUGUGCGGUCCCUGGCGUUCUCUCCCAUCGACCCCCGCAUCCUCAUCACUGCCAGCGACGACCGCCACAUACACGUGUACGACAUUGAGGGCCGGCAGCUCAUAGCAGCGCUCUCAGGCCACACCAGCUGGGUGCUCAGCGCUGACUGCAGCCCCGAUGGUGCUACCAUCGCCACAGGUUCCAGCGACCGUACAGUGAGGCUGUGGGACAUGCGGCAGAGGACAGCUCUCCAGGUGGCCAAGGAGCACAAGGAUCAGGUGUGGGGGGUGGCGUUCCGGCCACCCGGGGGAGAGGGAGUGAGGGCGGGGAGGUUGGUGAGUGUAUCGGAUGAUAAAUCCAUCUCCUUAUACGACUAUUCGUAACUGACAUCCGCUUUAUGGCUUGCUGCUCCUAUGGCAUCCGGUUUGUUUCAGUUCGGAUCCCAUAAGUAAAUCACUAGAUCUCUCGUGGUGGCUCGUGUUGUGUGCCGUUGUAGAGUAGAGCUGCUGUAGUUUUGAUUGAAGGGCCUGCGAUAUGCAGGGUGUACACAUCAAGAAUUCAGGGACGUUACGGUACAUGCAGCGAAACAAGGCGCCUUGUAAUUUGGGCCAAAGGUUUUAACUUUUGUAACCUUCAUAAUGCGUUCUUGG